CGACACACCGGUGGAGAAAAACCCUAAUCCCCUCCCCAAAUUGGACCAUGUUCAUGGUUAGAUUAAAAUUCUCAUCGAUCUCUCACAAUUUUAGUACGGCGGCGGCGAAACAUAGAAGAGUGCCGUCCAAGUACAAGUCACUAGCCAUCGGACAAGCCCAGCAAGCCAUCACAGACUAUCUCCACACAACCAGGUCUCUCUCCUACACUCACGCCGAACACAUUGCCACAAACGCCUCUGUUUCGAUUCGAAACCUCAUCUUAAAGCUUGAUUUCUCUGUUCCCACCUUCUCAAAAUCGCUUCGGAAGCAUCUCAGUUACCACCCGAUUAACGAAUUCGAGUUUUUCUUCGAGAGCAUUGGCAUUGAUUACAGCGAGGUCAACGAGUUUUUACCUGAGAAGAAAUUUUUCUUCUAUGAGGAUCGGAGUGUGUUGGAUGCAGCUUGUGCUUUAUCUAAAUUCGGGUUUCCUUGGAACAAGCUUGGUAAGUUGUAUAAAGAGGAAAGGUUUGUUUUUGUGCAGAGUCCUGGAGAGAUUGAAUCCAGGCUGUUUAAGUUUAAAGAUAUGGGAUUCACUUCUGUUGCGGUGAUUGGUGUUUGUUUAGCGAUGCCUCGUACUCUAUGUGGAGGUGGUGAAUUGGGUUCGGAGAUACGUUGUUUGUUUGUUAAGCUGAAGAGGCUUUUUGAUGAAUUUGAUUCACUGCAUCUUUUUGAAGAAAAUGUGGAGUCUUGGCACGACAUUAGUAGGAAAGUUAGGGUUUUUUACGAUUUGGGUUGUUGUGAGAAUGAAGAGAUGUGGGAGUUGAUGUGUAGAAAUAAGUCAGUUUUUGUUGAAUACUCUGAAGAAGCUCUGAUGAGAAAGGUGGAAUAUUUUUGUAGGUUUGGUGUUAGGAAAGAAGAUGUUGCUCUUUUGAUUCUUCGUAAUCCAGGUAUUAUGGAUUUUGAUCUUGAGAAACCGGUGAUCUCAGUUACGGGGAUGCUUAAGCAUUUUGGAUUGAGUCAGGAUGAAGUGGAUGGUGUUGCUCAGAGAUACCCAUACGUUUUAGGUAGAAACAAACUGAAGAAUCUGCCUUAUGUGUUAAGAGCAUUAGAUCUACAUGAAAGGAUCUUUGAUAGAUUGAAGAAUGGGAAUCAUCAUUUACUUGCGAGCUAUUCAUUGAUGGAUCCCGAAGAAGAUUUAGACAGAGAAUAUCAAGAAGGCUUGGAGGAGCUUCAGAACUCAAGAACCAAAACACACCAUGUUCAAAAACUGGACUUCCUUCAUGAAAUAGGGUUUGGCGAAAACGGUAUAACCAUGAAGGUACUACAGCAUGUCCAUGGUACCGCCAUAGAGCUACAAGAUAGAUUCCAAGUCUUACUAAAUAAUGGAAUCGUUUUGUCAAAGAUAUGUAUGUUGAUAAGAUCAGCACCAAAGAUCUUGAACCAGAAACCGCAUAGCAUACAGGAUAAGCUAAGGUUCCUCUGUGGCGAGAUGGGAGAUUCUUUGGAAUACCUAGAUGUUUUCCCAGCUUAUCUAUGUUUUGACCUGGAGAACAGAAUCAAUCCAAGGUUCAGAUUCCAUAAAUGGCUUGUGGAGAAAGGGUUGAGCGAGAAAAGCUAUUCAAUUGCAAGCAUUGUAGCUACGAGCGAAAAGGCCUUCAUAGCUCGUCUAUAUGGGAUUCAUCCAGCAAUCCCGAAACAUUGGUUUGAACGCUUCUCCAACAGAAAAACCAGAUACACUGUAUCCUAACUGAAAACAAAGGACUCUUUGGAGUUUGGAUCUUGCAGCAGCUUGGAGCAAUAUGCCCUUGAGGUUCCUCAGAUAUCUGAACCUGAAGAGCACAAAGAACCUUAUUGUUUCAACUUAAAAACGUUACAAAAAAUCUCCAAAUGGUAACAACAGCUUGUGGAUAUUGCAGAUGGAAACGUUUGUUUGUUUGCGGGAUGUAGAAAUGAUGGGGCACUUUUGGAUUAUUUUUGUGGUUUACCCGAUUUGUUGUGGGAAUAACUUAUCUACACCACUCGGUAUAUUCCAUUUUUGGGGCUCUUGAAAGAUUACAGUUAACAUUUGUAUAGAGUACGUUUUUUCUUAAUCAGACAACUUUUAACUUAUUGCAAUUGGUUUGGUUGGUUUCGAGCUUCCCAGUCAACCAGCACGUGUCGGUGAGUAGUGGUAAUGACUUGAUUGCAAAAACGUGGGACCAAAUCGUACACGUGCCAGUGGUUAUUUUUAUCGAGCUUCGUUGAUAUAUACGUCCGGCGGAGAGUUUUGACUACACAUUUCAGCUUUAAAAAGUCUUGUAAAGCAAGCAAUAGGAGUGCGUGCAAGUCACGUGCGUCUUACGUUUGGA